AUGGAUCCCAACACAGUAGAUCCCGCCAAGCUAUUCAGCGUCGCCGGCAUGGUCAUUGUAAUCACCGGCGGAGGAACCGGAAUCGGCCGCAUGAUGACCAAAGCCUUCGCCAAGAACGGAGCAGCAAAAGUGUACAUCGUCGGCCGACGCAAAGAAAAGCUCGAAGAAGCUGCACGCGAAGCCGGAGUCAACGGAAACGUGAUUCCCAUCGUCGGCGACGUAGGAUCAAAAGAAAGUCUCUCGAAAGUUGCCGAGCAAGUCAAGAACGAAAUAGGUUUUGUGAAUCUUUUGGUUUGCAAUAGUGGGGUGUAUUCUCCUCCAGUUGCGAAGCCAGGAGAUGUAAGCGUGGAAGAGUUUGCGAGAUUAGGUCUUGAGCAGGGGAUGGAGCAAUGGAAUGACUGCUUCGCAAUCAACACAACAGCCGUAGCCUUCACCUCCUUCACCUUCCUCCCCCUCCUCUCCGCCGGAAACCAAAGAUCCAACUGCCCUGGCCGCAAAUCUCAAAUCCUAGUCACAAGCAGCAUAGCAGGCUACCUGCGCAACCCCAACGCCAUAGGAGCUUACCCACUCUCCAAAGCCGCCACAACACAUCUCGUCAAAGGUCUCUCCGGUGCUUUUGUACCUUAUUCAAUUCGAGUAAACGCUUUAGCACCUGGACUUUUCCCUUCGGAUCUUGCAGCGGGGAUUAUUGCUGGAGCGGGAGAUUCCAAGGGACAGGAUCCUUCGGUUGAGGGAGCUUAUGAUAGGAAAUUUAUUCCGGCGGAGAGAUUGGGUAGUUCGGCGGAUAUGGCGGGGACGGUGUUGUAUCUUGCUUCGGCUGCGGGAGCGUAUGUUAAUGGGAAUGUGUUAAUUGUGGAUGGGGGGAGGAUUUCGCAGAUUCCGGGGACGUAUUGAUGAUGUCUGUUGGGCUGGAUGGUGAGGAUGGUGUGUAGGGC